CUGUAUAUAGCUUAGAUGCAGCAGGACUCUUUCACAUAGCAGUAGUGUCUAGCAAACUCUAUAGAGUGGCCCAGAGAAGUGGCUUCCUCUGAUUUACAGUUAAAGUUCAUAGCUUCAGAAGUCAAAAGUGAAACACCUUAUGCUUUUGACCCAGAGCAGAGUUUCUAAAUAAAUUGAAAGGGUCUUCAGGAACCUUCCAUUUAACCUCAGCAAAAUACACAUCGUUUGGCUACACGGCCUCACCUCCCGGUGCUGUCGGGUCACAUCAUUAAACUGCAGGUAUUUCAACUGUCAAAGACAACUUCAUACCUAUAUAAUGUAACAGAAAAAGGUCAGAAAACAUUAGGCAAAUAGAAGUGUGGUGCAUAUUAAGCAAGAUGAACAUCUCUGGAAGCAGUUGUGGAAGCCCUAGUUCUGUAGAUAUAUCUAAUGACUUUAAGGAACUUUGGACAAAACUAAAAGAGUAUCAUGAUAAAGAAGUACAAGGUUUGCAAGUAAAAGUAACCAAGCUCAAAAAGGAACGAAUUUUAGACGCACAGAGACUAGAGGAAUUCUUCACCAAAAAUCAACAGCUGAGAGAGCAACAGAAAGUCCUCCAUGAAACCAUUAAAGUUUUAGAAGAUCGGUUAAGAGCAGGAUUAUGUGAUCGCUGUGCAGUAACUGAAGAGCACAUGCGGAAAAAACAGCAAGAGUUUGAAAAUAUCCGGCAGCAGAAUCUUAAACUUAUCACAGAACUUAUGAAUGAAAAGAAUACUCUCCAGGAAGAAAAUAAAAAGCUUUCUGAACAGCUGCAACAGAAAAUUGAAAAUGAUCAACAGCACCAAGCGGCUGAUCUUGACUCUGAGGAAAAUGUUAUUCCAGAUUCACCAAUAACAGCUUUUUCGUUCUCGGGCGUUAAUCGGCUCCGAAGAAAGGAGAACCUCCGUGUCCGAUACACAGAACAAACACAUGCUAUACUAGAGCAGUCUGUGUGUGCAAACGAACUGAGAAAAGUUCCAAAGUCUUCAGCUUAUCCACAACAUAAACCUAAUGAAAGUGAAAUUCUAGUGGCUGACACUUGUGAUCAGAGUCAGUCCCCCGUGGCUAAACGUGGAACAAGCAAUUGUCCUACUGAUAAGUCAUCUUUUAACUUAGCUACAGUUGUUGCUGAAACACUUGGAUUUAGUGUUCAAGAAGAAUCUGAAUCUCAGGGUCCCAUGAGCCCUCUUGGUGAUGAACUCUAUCAAUGUUUAGAAGAUCACAAGAAACAACCUUUUGAGGAAUCUAUAAGAAUUAAUGAAGAUAGCUCAAGAUUUUCAGAUUCUAAGUCAAAGACUCCUCCUCAAGAAGAAUUAACUACUCGGGUAUCUUCUCCUGUAUUUGGAGCUACUUCUAAUAUGAAACGUAGUUUAGGUUUGAAUACAAGUUUAUCCCCUUCUCUCUUAGAGACUGGGAAAAAAAACCUUCUGAAAACAGUACCCAUCAACAACAUUUCUACUUCUAAAUCAGAGAAAACUAGAUCAAAAUCUGAAGAUAGUGUCCUUUUCACACAUCAUAAUCUUGGGUCUGAAGGGAACAAGAUCAUUAACCAAUCAUCUUCUAGUAAGCAGAUGCUUAUCAGUAAAAACGUAAGUGAAUCCAAAAAUGAACAGGAUGGUUUUGAUCAUAUUAAAGAUGCUAUCACUGAUAAAGACAAACUUGUGAUACCCCUGAAAUCACUGGGAGGGAGAACAUCUAAAAGGAAGAAAAUUGAGGAAGAAAGUGAAGAUGAAGUAAGCAGCCCCCAAGCCUCUUUUGAUAAAGAGAACGCCUUUCCCUUGUUACUGGAUAGUCAUUCUUCCAUGAAUGGAGACUAUGUGAUGGAUAAACCUCUAGAUCUGUCUGACCGAUUUUCGGCUAUUCAGCGUCAAGAGAAAAGCCAGGGAAGUGAGACCUCUAAAAUCAGAUUUAGGCAAGUGACUCUCUAUGAGGCAUUGAAGCCCAUUCCAAAGGGCUCUUCCUCGAGCCGCAAAGCCUUGAGCGGGAGCUGUGUGUUAACCAGAGAUGCCCCAGAGGAACCCUGUUUACAGGAGUGCAUCCUCCAGUCCUUAGGUAAAUCAUCUCCAGAUAAUAAAACACCAUUACAAAUCAAGGAAGAAAAUCCCAUCUUUAAAAUCCCUCUACGUCCACGUGAAAGUUUGGAGACCGAGAAUCUUUUCGAUGAUGUGAAGGGAGCUGAUUCUCAUGAACCAGUAAAAAUAGCCAGGUCAGUCCGUGGAGCAUGUGAACUUACAUCCGUCCUUCAGUUAAAUCCAUGUAGAGUUGCUAAAACAAAGUCUGUACAAAACAGUCAAGAUGUAUCCUUUGAAAAUAUCCAGUGGAGCAUUGAUCCAGGAGCAGACCUUUCUCAAUAUAAAAUGGAUAUUACUGUAAUAGAUACAAAGGAUGGCAGUCAGUCAAGAUUAGCAGGAGGAGAGACAGUGGACAUGGACUGCACAUUGGUUAGUGAAACUGUGCUUUUAAAAAUGAAGAAUCAGGAGCAGAAGGGAGAGAAAAGUCCAAAUGGAGAAAGAAAAAUGAAUGAUAGCUUGGAAGAUAUGUUCGAUCGGACAACACAUGAAGAAUAUGAAUCCUGUCUGGCAGACAGCUUCCCCCAGGUGGCAGAUGAAAAAGAGGGAUUGUCAACUACCACAAAGAAACCAAACAUUCCUGGUGAUAAACAAGAGAAAGUCAAACAGAAAGCAUUUGUGGAGCCAUAUUUUAAAGAUGAUGGAAGAGAGACUGGCUUACAAAAUUUUCCUCAUAUUGAGGUAGUUCGGAAAAAAGAAGAGAGAAGAAAAUUGCUUGGACACACAUGUAAGGAAUGUGAAAUUAAGACUGGAAGGGUGAUCAAGAUACUUGGCAGGCACCUCGAUCUACCAGGAGUUGGGUGUGGACGAGACCCCAGGAAAUACUGUAGCCCAGCCGCUCAGUUUCAAAAGGAAGAAAAAGAAAUGCACCACCUGGCCCCUAUUCCCUGGAGGAACUGGCUGCAGAACACGGGCUGUGUUGCUGGGCAUAGGCAUCCGGAUUCUCAACUACCAGAGACGGGAACUGACUUUGGCCCAUUGCGAGACCUGAAACACUGGGCUCGGUGCUACCCAGCUGCACCGCAAGCCACAGAAAAAGCCACAUGGCAAACUUGCAAAUUAUCACAGCAUCUCUGCAAAGUUACCCAUGCUGCUCUCCAGCACCCUGAGAAGCUCCCAGCCACUGGAAUGUGACCAACGGAGCUAAAAUGCUGCCCCAGGAACUCCGUCUUGCUAGAGACCCCAGCCUGCUGGAGAAAUUCCAUGGUCUUUGCUUUUCCACGUCACUAGCUCCUAAAUGGAGCUGUCCAUUGGCAGAGCCUAGAUCACAUGACUUGCCUUGAGGACCAUGACCCUGGGAAAUGACAGUGAGGUAUUUUGA